ACUUGGACUUCACUCGACCUUUACUGUAUGCAGCAGUCAGCAGAUGCUGAGGAAACCGCUCAGAAGAAUUUCCACCGAGCGUUAGGACUUUCCAGAGUGGGCGGAGCGACUGUGCAGUGCAGGAAGUACUGAGUCAGCUGUAGUUUCUGUAGUUUUUGAGGUAUGUUGGUUGUCAAACACGUUCCUUGCGGUCCCGCAUAAAGGGCAGGGAGUCUGCGUUUGUCUGCGAGUUUUCUCUGUGUGGUGAGCGGCAGAUACAUCAGCUUCUCCGCGAUGAGUCGAGCCGUGCUGGUGGAUCUGCUUCACCGCUGCUGUGCAUCAUGCACGGGCGCUUCUCUGCUGGAGGACUCGGUUUCAGACUCGCAGGUCUUCGUGCUGUGCGGGAACACUUACUGGGAGAAAAACGGCUUCGUAGACACGUUCCUGAGCUCCUGCAAAAGUGUGCACAUCCUGGACUCGAGCUCCACAGUGGAGAGUUUGUACCGUUUCAAGCAGACUUUGGACCAGCUGGACCUGAGCUCGAUCACGGUCCUUACCACCGCACAGGGCAAAGAGGUGCUGGCUCAUUACCAGAACCUCCUUUUUACGGCCCUAUACGACUUCCAGUUCAAGCAGAGACCGGUGGACGAGACCUGUCCUAGUUGCAGAGCCUCCACAGAUUCGGUCUCACCUGGCGAAGAAGUGUGCGAAGAAGUGUCGACGUUUAUGCAGCAGCUUCCUGCGCUGAAGGGAGAACUCACAGUUCUGAAGUCUGCGCUGAUUCCAGAUUGUUUUGGUCAUGGCUUCAGCACCCGUACAGGUGGUGUGUCCUACAUCCCGACCUUAUCCUCCUUGAAUCUGUUCAGCAGCUGCAGGAGGAGGGACCCGGUGGCUGUGGUAAUGGAGAACAGGCGCCGAUUAGCCCUCCAUGCUGGUUUCCAUCCUCAGCCCAUGCAUUUAGUCAAGGUGAACCACGCUAACGAUGUCUGGGUCUUGGGGAAAGCUGAGCCCGAGAGUUACGAUGCAAUGGUGACCAAUCAGACUGGGCUCGUCUUAGCAGCUCCAGGGGCCGACUGCAUGCCGCUCCUCUUUGCUGAUCCGGUCGCAAAAGUUAUCGGAGUCGCACAUGCAGGUUGGAGAGGAACCAUAAUGGGGGUUGCCAUGGCCACUGUGAAUGCCAUGGUGACAGAAUUUGCUUGCCAAGUUAGCAACAUUGUGGUGGCUGUGGGACCAUCAGUGGGACCCUGCUGCUAUACCAUGGAAAGAGACCAGGCGUUGGACUUCAUGAGAAUCCAUCCAGACUGUGUCCCUGAUCCAGAGUCAGCCAGACCGCACGUCGACAUCCGUCUCGCCAACAGAGUUCUCCUCCAGAAAGGUGGCGUCCUGCCUGAGCACAUCCAUGACAACACGAUGACGCACUGGUCCUGCGUGACGCCCUGCACCUCAUGUCACCCUGAAAACUACUUCUCCCAUGUCAGAGAUGGGCUUAACUUUGGCACACAGGUGGGCUUCCUGUGGAUCAAACAAAUGAAUGAAUGAAUGAGUGUUUAGCACACUUACCUCAUUUUGUUGUUAGCUAAAGCUCCACAAAGUCAAUGUGCUUUUUUGGUAAAAUUACGUGGUAUAAAAAAUGUGAAAAGCAGCAGACAGAAAAUAGCUAAAUCCCAAUUGUUUGCUAAUUUACUGUUUGAUAUUUACAGCUUUAAGGAUAAUUUUGCAUGUCCCACAGAUUCUAAUCUUCAAAUAAACUAGAGGAUUAAAGUUACAAUGUGCAAAAUCUCAAUACUAGAUGUCAUGAGUCGAUGAGUCAGUGAAGCUCAUUUCUGUCUGACAACGAUACUGCAGUGUUGUUGAGGAUAUCCUGAACUUUUUGUCAAUAAACACUGCCCUUUAGUGACACUUUCUUUGAAGUGGAGCUAACUUUGUUGGAUUCAGAGUCUUAGCGAUUAAACUCUCAUACGAUGUGAGAAUGUAAUCAAAUUGUUUAUCAGGGAGGGAAAAUGUGAUUUUUAGGACACUCGAGUCUAACAUUAGCUAAUAUAGCAUUAGCUUAUUGCUGCUGUGUUUUCGCCAGCUUGUUGUUAGCUGUCUGGAGGCCGUAGGGUCGCACGUCUAAUCUGGUAACAAUAAGUAAUUAUAAUGAUAUCAGGAAGAAAUGAACAUGUUUACGCACAUUUUCGUGUGUUAGAGCUCUGACUUCAGCUCAGUAGAUUCAGCUGAGGAGAAAGAGGAUGACACUUUAUCCAGGUAUCACCUUCCCUCGCAUUUUCGCUUCUUUAAUGAAAACAACCACUUCUCAGAUGAUAAAACAUGGGUAUGAACCUUCAUAUCUUGAGUCUGUAGGUGCAGACACAAAUUAAUAUUUCACUAAGCUAAAUUAUUACUAUUUUAUUUUUUUUAAAUUUCACUAACUUUCAGGGAUUUCUCACUUGAACGAACAUGUUUUAUAGCUCAUAAGAUUUUUGGGGGUGAAUCUAACUCUGCAGGGAAUUAUUUCUAUGUUGUUGGAAACAGCAUAGAAAUACUGGACUGAUACAGUUUGUCCAAACAUGUAUAUUUGGAUAGUUUACCUGUAUUGUGGGUCCAAUGUACCAAGCAAACUACCCACUAGCCAGUAAGCAUUCAUCUAGCUGCUCUAAUCUGUCUCUCUUAAUUCCAACCUGAGCCAACAGAAUUAUUUAGAGAAUGAAUUGGUGGGUUUAAAUACUUGGAUAACACGCGGACCAAAUAGAGCUUUUAUUUUUAAUUCUUGUACUGAAAAUCUUGGAGAUCUGGUUUUUAAUGGCAUUUAACUUUAGUCAGAGACGUACAGCAUAAUAUUACUCAGUGAUAUACGAUUUAAGACAGAACACACAUAAUACCUUAAAGGAGUGGGAGGUGAGGCCAUUCAAAUUCUCUUGGUGAAUGACUGUAAAAAUCUGUACAGCAUAUUUUACAUUGAUAUUUCUCUUCCUGCAUUGUAAAGCAUGGUAAUUUUAGUGUUCAAUAAAC